CGUUCUUGUCAGAGACGUUUCAGACAUAAGUUUUGUUCCUUUCAAGACGGAAAAGAAACAUGAAUAAUAUCCUUCAACUACUUCUCUUUGUAACAAUAGCUCUUUGUACUUCCACAGUGGCUUCAGAUGAGCCGAAAGUCAUUAAUGUGCAAAGUCGAGAAUUGAAAUCACCUGAAGGGUGGUAUGUUUACAAGUAUGACGGAAGAGGAGCUUCAGAGGUAAUCGUGACCAUUGACAAGACUAUAAUCGCUUGGUAUUUUGAGGAUUCUCCUAAAUCAAAAAUUAAUGGAUCACUAGUGCAACGAAUAAACCUUACUGAGAUCAUCCUUAAGGAACCCCUUAGUUUGAAUAUCUCUGUACACGAAGUAAAGGAUGGCGGAUUUAUAACAGAGAAGCAAGUGUACAUUGUCCUAAAAGAUGAACUCUCAACUUCUGCACCUCCUGCUACUACUAAGCUCCAUGAAAAUGACGACAGUUUCCCUCGAUCGAGGAUUGGCGUGAUAGGAGGCACUCUGGCUGCACUGGCUGCACUGGUUGUACUGGCUUAUAUCUGGUGGCGCAGAAAGAACGGAAAGGACCCAGGACAGGACGCUAACAAGCAGAAUUAUGUUUCCAUUAACAUGCCAGAACGUGACCAGCGAGAGGAAGUUCAGGCUGCAGAGGAUGGAGGACCAGAGGACCACAAUGAACAGACGCCUUUCCUCCACCCUGACCCCGGGGAACAAAUACAGGAAGGACUUGAGGAACAACAUCUGGAGGAAUAUGUUGUCAACAUGGAUGAACAGGAGUCUGGACAGGACUUUGGGGAAGAGGGGGAAUGUAAACCGGCGGAGAAAGGGAACGCUGAGCAGACAGGUGCCGGAAUGCUGGAACAUGGAGACUGGACGACUAGGGAUGUGGUUUCUGGUGAUGCUGUGGAGGCUCACUGUCCUCAAGAUGGCCCCCUGGUUGUGCCGAACGAGGAGGAAACACGCUCCGAACACUCUUAUUCCUGUGGCGUCUCUAAGACCAGUGGCAAAGGAAAGAGAGACAACACGAAGAACUCUGGUGGAACAGAGGAACAACCCAACAGCGUGGAGUUUGUUGGGACAAUGACAAAUUAUGAAACAAAAUUAUAACCACUAUCAUUAUUAUUAUAAUUAUAACAUAUAUAUAUAUAUAUAUAUAUAACAAUAUUAUAACAUAUAUAUGACAAUAAGUCUUGCGGGGCCUGGCAUGCGACUUCCAUUGAAUGGGAGGCAAAAUGUAGGUCUACCGUCCACCCCUGAAAAACAUCCAUGGGGAAACACUGCAAUAUAUUAUAUUACAUAUAAUAAAUAUUUUCCAUAUCAAUGUCAAUAGUAGUAGAAAGACAUUUACAAUAUUAUUAUAAUAUCUGAGCCAUCAUGCCCAAGAGCCCUUGCGAUAUCUUAACUCAGUGUAGUUGCUUCUUCAGCACGUAGUUGUAGUUCAACAAACCAUCAUUCAUAUAUUCAUUAAGCCUGAUAUCGCAAACUCAAGGGGCUUUUUGCGCUCAUUUAAAUCUUAUCUUAAUUAUGCUAUCAAGUCUUGAUAAUUAUGUUAUCAAGUCUUUUAGUUGUUUUUGAUUUGAUGUUAAAAUGCAGAAUGUGGAAAUGGCUUCAUGACAGUACUGUUAUAGUUCUAAGGGAACCUUGACUAUAUUAAACAUGGUUUAUGGUUUAGAAUAUGAUGACAAAAUACUGUCAUCAUAUUGUAAGUUACUGCUCAUGAAGAACAAAAUUUGGUACACAGACUGCCCGUACUAGAGGUUGUAGACUGAUGUAAUCUAAUUAUUUGAUGCUUGUACUGUGGAACACAUGUGGAAUAGUGGGACACAUACAUAUAUAUACAUAUAUAUGUAUAUAUAUAUUUAAACAUUUCAAAUAAUAUUCUGUAUAAUAUCAUAAGUAUCAUAUCAAAUAUCCUAUGUGUGUUGCUACUGUAACCUACCGUGUUCUGACGACGGUCACUGCCUGAAAUGACGAACACUUGUUCUUAUCUUUGUUUUACUCUUUUUAUUUUGGGAUUUUGGGAUCUUAUUGGGAUUUUUAUUUUUGUUUGAAUUGUUUAUCACUUUUAUUAUUGUUUUUAUUGAUUUUAUGUAAAGCACCUUGAACUACAAUUCUUGUAUGAAAUGUGCUAUAUAAAUAAAAGUCUUACUUUGACCUUUAUGCCUCAGAGAGACUUUGAUUGUACUGUUUGUCUGAACUGGUCAUUUUUAUGUCUAGGUGUCUAACUCUCCAAUCUGCAGAUUGUUUAAGAUUGUUUGUGAACCUAGAACCCAACUGAACAGUCACACCGUUCCUGUAGCGAUGGACAGAACUUUUCUUCACAUAAUGAAUCUUACAUGUAAGCUUGGCCUUUAGUUUAGUAGUGUUUAUAACUGUAGUCAAUUGUAAUCUUCAAAUAAAGUAUAUCUUCAUAAUC